AUGUGGGUUCAGUUUCUUCUAGGAAUAUUGGCCCUGUUGCCAGGCAAUACUGAAGGACAACACCGAAACUACCUGGUGACUUUACCAGCCCAGCUGAGCUUCCCCUCCACUCAGAAGGUUUGCUUGGAUCUGAGCCCUGGGUACAGUGAUGUAAAAUUCACUGUUACUCUGGAGACCAAGGACAAGACCCAGAAGUUGCUAGAACAUUCUGGAUUGAAGAAGAGGCACUUACACUGCAUGUCCUUUUCAGUUCCACCUCCUGCUGGUGGCACAGAAGAAGUGGCUACAGUCCGAGUGUCGGGAGUUGGAAAUAACCUCAAGUUCGAGGAGAAGAAAAAGGUUCUAAUUCAGAGGCAAAGGAGUGGUGUGUUUAUACAGACUGACAAGCCUGUCUACACUCCAGGGCAGCGAGUGCUUUUCCGAAUUGUCACCCUGAACAGCAACUUUGUUCCAGUGAAUGACAAGUACUCCGUGGUGGAACUACAGGAUCCCAAUAGCAACAGGAUUGCUCAGUGGCUGGAAGUGGUCCCUAAGCAAGGCAUUGUAGACCUGUCCUUCCAACUGGCCCCGGAGGCAACACUGGGCACCUAUACAGUGACAGUGGCUAAGGACAAGACCUUUGGCACUUUCAGUGUGGAGGAAUAUGUGUUACCCAAGUUUAAGGUGGAAGUAUUGGAACCAAAGCAGUUAUCGACAAUGGAGGAAUCUUUCCCUGUAAAAAUAUGUUGCAGGUACACCUAUGGAAAGCCCAUGCGAGGGACAGUGCAGGUAUCGGUGUGUCAGAAGGCAUACACUUACUGGUUCCGAGAGGUGGAAGAGGAGAAGCCAUCUGACAAGUGCAGGAAUCUCUCUGGUCAGACUGACAAAUCAGGAUGCUUCUCUUCAUCUGUGGACAUGGCCACCUUCAACCUCACUGGAUAUAUGUACAGUCACAACAUCAAUAUUGUGGCUUCAGUGGUGGAGGAAGGGACAGGAGUAGAGGCCAAUACCACUCAGGAAGUCUACAUUUCUUCAAAAUUGGGAUCAAUGACCUUUGAAGAUACCAAUAACUUUUAUUACCCCAAUUUCCCCUUCAGUGGGAAGAUAAGAGUUAGGGGCCACGAUGAGUCCCUCCUCCAGAAUCAUCCAGUGUUCUUGGUGACUCAUGGCAUAAAUGGAAGGAUCAACCAGACGCUGAUUACUGACAAUGAUGGCCUUGCUUCCUUCACACUGGAUACAGUCGGUUGGAAUGGGACAGACAUUUCUCUGGAGGGAAAGUUUCAAUUGGAAGAUCUAGUUUAUAAUCCAGAAAAAGUACCCCAUUACUACCAAAAUGCCUACCUGCACCUGCAGCCCUUCUACAACACAACCCGCAGCUUCCUUGGCAUCCAGCGACUCAAUGGCCUGUUGGGAUGUGGCCAGCCUCAGGAAGUGCUGGUGGAUUAUUACAUUGACCCAGCUGAUGCCAGCCCUGACCAAGAAGUUGUCUUUUCGUACUAUGUAAUCGGGAAAGGGAGUUUGGCAAUGGAGGGGCAGAAACACCUGAAUCCUAAGAAGAAAGGUUCAAAAGGCUCCUUUUCUCUGUCACUGACCUUCACUUCCAGAGUAGCUCCUGCCCCGUCCCUUGUGGUCUAUGCCAUUUUUCCCAGUGGAGGUGUUGUAGCUGACAAAAUUCAGUUCUCUGUAGAGAUGUGCUUUGACAAUCAGGUCUCCAUUGGCUUCUCACCUUCCCAACAGCUGCCAGGAGGAGACGUGGAGCUACAGCUGCAGGCAGCUCCUGGGUCCCUGUGUGCAAUCCGGGCCGUGGACGAGAGUGUCUUGCUACUCAGACCAGAGAGAGAGCUGAGCAACAGCUCUGUCUAUGGGAUGUUUCCUUUCUGGUAUGGUCACUAUCCCUACCAAGUGGCUGAAUAUGAUGAGUGUCCUGACUUUGGCCUAUGGGACUUUCCUCAACCCCUCACUGAGCGGGCACCUGGAGGGCGUGUGAGCAAGCCUUCUAUCAUCUGGAGACCCUGGUUCUCAAGAAGCACAGACCUUUUCAGUUUUUUCCAGGACAUGGGCUUGAAAAUAAUGUCGAAUGCCAAAAUCAAGAAGCCCCUAGAUUGUAGUCACAGAUCUCCAGAAUACAGCACUGCCAUGGAUGGAGCAGGUGGCGGUAUUUCUCCAAAUGCUAAGUUUUCAUCUCCAUCACUCCAGUCAGAGGGAUCUCAGGUCCGCCAGUACUUUCCAGAAACCUGGCUCUGGGAUCUGUCUCCUAUUGGCAACUCAGGGAAGGAGGCAGUCCACAUCACAGUUCCUGAUACCAUCACCGAGUGGAAGGCUAUGAUGUUCUGCACCUCUCAGUCCAGAGGCUUCGGUCUUUCCCCCACUGUUGGACUAACUACUUUCAAGCCGUUCUUUGUUGAUCUGACACUCCCUUACUCAGUAGUUCGUGGAGAGUCCUUUCGCCUUACUGCUACCAUCUUCAAUUAUCUAAAGGACUGUAUCCGGGUUCAGACUAACCUGGCUGAAUCAGAUGAAUACCAGGUGGAAUCGCUGGCAGGCUGCCAGGCCUCCACCUGCGUCUGUGCAGACGAAGCCCAAACCUGUUACUGGAAUAUCACAGCUACCAAACUGGGACAUGUUAACUUCACCAUUAGUACUAAGAUUCUGGACAGCAAUGAACUCUGUGGGGGAAAGAAAGGGUUUGUCCCAGAAAAGGGUCGGAGCGACACACUUAUCAAACCAGUUCUUGUCAAGCCUGAGGGAGUCCUAGUGGAGAAGACUCACAGUUCAUUGCUGUGCCCAAAAGGAAAGGUGGCUUUAGAAUCCAUCUCCCUGGAGCUUCCUGUGGGUGUUGUUCCUGAUUCUGCCAAGGCUUAUGUUACUGCUCUGGGAGACAUCAUGGGCACAGCUCUGCAGAACCUAGACAGCUUGGUGCAGAUGCCCAGUGGAUGUGGGGAGCAGAAUAUGGUCUUUUUCGCCCCCAUCAUCUAUGUCUUGCAAUACCUGGAAGAGACAGGGCUGCUCACUAAGGAGAUCAUGUCUCGGGCAGUGGGCUUUCUGGAGAUAGGAUACCAGAAGGAGCUGAUGUACAAACACAGCAAUGGCUCAUACAGUGCCUUUGGGGAACAGGAUGGAAAUGGCAACACGUGGCUGACAGCUUUUGUCACAAAAUGUUUUGGUCAAGCUCGGAGACUCAUUUUGAUUGAUGACAAGAACAUCCAGGAUGCUCUCAAGUGGAUGGCCGGAAACCAGCUCCCCAGUGGCUGCUAUGCCAACGUGGGAAAGCUCCUCCAUACAGCUAUGAAGGGUGGUGUUGAUGACGGUUCCUUGACUGCAUAUAUCACAGCAGCAUUGCUGGAGAUGGGAAAGACCAGUCGUGACCCAAUGGUGAGUCAGGGUCUGCAGUGUCUCAAGAAUUCUGUUACUUCCACCAGCAACCUCUACACACAGGCCUUGUUAGCUUACACUUUCUCCCUGGCUGGAGAAAUGGACGUCAGAAACAUGCUUCUCAACAAGUUAGAUGAAAAGGCCAUCACCUCAGGAGAAUCCAUUCACUGGAGCCAGAAACCUACGCAGUCACCGAAUGCUAGUCCAUGGUCUCAGCCUGAGGCUCUGGAUGUGGAACUUACAGCAUAUGUGUUGUUGGCUCAGCUUACCAAGGACAGGUUCACUCAAAAGGAGGUAGCCAAGGCCACUGCCAUAGUGGCCUGGUUGGCUAAGCAGCGCAAUGCCUAUGGAGGUUUCUCUUCCACUCAGGACACUGUAGUUGCUCUCCAAGCUCUUGCCAAAUAUGCCACUAUUGCCUAUGUGCCAUCUGAGGAAGUCCGCCUGUCUGUGAAAUCUGCUGGGAACUUCCUGCAUACUUUCACCGUGCAGUCUUCCAACCGACUGGUACUGCAGCAGAAGACUCUGCCUGACAUCCCUGGAUUGUACACCUUGGAGGCCUCAGGCCAGGGCUGUGUCUAUGUGCAGACGGUGUUGAGGUACAAUGUUUUCCCUCCUAAAAACAUGGAGGCCUUUAGUCUUCACGUGGAAGUGGGAGAAGCUAGAUGUGAGCAACCUGCUUCACCCCGGUCCUUAACUCUCACUAUCCACACCAGCUAUGUGGGAAGUCGUAGCUCUUCCAAUAUGGCUAUUGUGGAAGUGAAGAUGCUGUCUGGGUUCAGUCCCAAGGAGAACACCAAACAGUUGCUUCUCCAGCAGCCACUGGUGAAGAGGGUUGACUCUGGAGCUGACGUACUUAACAUUUACUUGGAAGAGCUCAGUAACAAGACUCAGACAUAUACUUUUACCAUCAUCCAAAGUGUGUUGGUCACUAACCUGAAGCCAGCAACCAUCAAAGUCUAUGACUACUACCUGCUAGAUGAGCAAGCAACAAUUCAGUAUUCUGAUCCCUGUGAAUGAGAGAGAUUAUCAUUCUAGCUACAGUGUGAAGAAUGGGGUAGAAAAGAGGACAGC